AAAGGGGCUCUCUGUUGUACUUGCUAAUAAAUCUCAAUCUGCCCUCUUCAACUUUUCUCUACACACAAAAGCAAGCAAGCAAACAAACAAACAAAAAACAAAGGCAAAAUUUAAUUUGAUGGCUAAAACAACCCCAAACCACACUCAAGCUGUUUCUGGUUGGGCAGCUCUUGAUUCUUCUGGCAAAAUCACACCUUACAUAUUCAAUAGAAGAGAGAAUGGUGUAAAUGAUGUGACCAUCAAGAUUUUGUAUUGUGGAAUAUGCCAUACUGACCUUCACUAUGCCAAGAAUGAUUGGGGUAUCACUAUGUAUCCUGUUGUUCCAGGGCAUGAGAUCACAGGGAUUGUUGUGGAAGUUGGGAGCAAUGUGACCUACUUCAAAACAGGGGAUAAAGUAGGAGUUGGGUGCAUGUCAGCAUCAUGCUUACAAUGUGAGUUUUGCAAGAAUUCAGAAGAAAAUUAUUGUGACAAGGUUCAGUUCACCUAUAAUGGUGUCUUAUGGGAUGGUAGCAUCACCUAUGGAGGCUAUUCCAAGAUGCUAGUUGCAGAUUACAGGUUUGUGGUUGCUGUACCGGAGAACCUACCAAUGGAUAGAGCAGCACCAUUGUUAUGUGCUGGAGUAACUGUGUUUUGCCCAAUGAAAGACAACAACUUGAUUGGUUCACCAAGGCAAAAUAUUGGGGUCAUUGGUUUGGGAGGUUUAGGACAUUUGGCUAUUAAAUUUUCAAAAGCAUUUGGGCAUCAUGUCACUGUGAUAAGCACUUCUUUAUCCAAAGAAAAUGAGGCUAAAACCAAAUUAGGUGCUGAUGAUUUCAUUGUUAGCACUAAUGCAGAACAAAUGAAGUCGAGGCAUAGGACAUUGGAUUUCAUAUUGGACACAGUCUCAGCCAAUCACUCUCUUGGGCCUUAUUUGGAACUGCUCAAAGUUAAAGGAACUUUUGUCAUAGUGGGUGCACCAGACAAGCCCAUGGACCUUCCAUCAUUUCCAUUAAUAUUUGGUAAGAGAACUGUGAAAGGAAGCAUGAUUGGGAGCAUAAAAGAAACACAAGAAAUGUUAGACAUUUGUGGGAAGUACAAUAUCAUGUGUGACAUAGAGAUAGUCACACCUGAUAGGAUUAAUGAAGCUUAUGAUAGAAUUGAGAAAAACGACAUCAAGUAUCGGUUUGUCAUUGACAUUGCUGGUCAAUCAUCAAAAAUUUAAGUCCUCUAUCAAUCGAUAUAUUGUGUAGGAUGAGUGUAUAGCUUAAAGUACUAGUGAGUCGUUGUGCUAUUGUUUUUUCACAAAAGUGCUUCAUAUGUUUAGGAUUUUUUCCAUUUCCAUGGAGUGGUUAUGGACUUAGCCUAUUUGCUUGCUUGGGCUUUGAUACUACAUGCUAGACUGGAAGGACAAUCAUAUGUGACCCAAUCACGUGCAGUCCUCUAUUGGGCUUUGCUUAUGUUUCAUCAAGAACACCAUAAUAUUGCUUUGAAA